CAUCAGACAACCGAGCAAAUCUGUCUCAUAAGAAAUGAAACAUCUUUUGGGACUUUUGAAAAUUCACGUCUGCAGAGGAGUUAACCUGGCGAUCCGAGAUGUCCGAAGCAGCGAUCCUUAUGUUGUCAUCAGAAUGGACAAACAGAAACUGAAAACUCGGGUGGUCAAGAAGAACACGAAUCCGGAGUGGAACGACGACCUGACUCUCUCGAUCGCCGACCCGAGCCUCCCCAUAAAGUUGAUGGUGUACGGCAAGAACAGAUUCAGCCACGACGACAAGAUGGGGGACGCUGAGAUCCACAUCGUAGCCUUUCUCAACGCGUUGAGGAUGAGAUUGGAUGAUGUCCCGAGCGGAACCCUGAUCACCAGAGUGAAGCCGAGCCAGGACAACUGCUUGGCAGAGGAGAGCUGUAUUGUGUGGAGCGACGGCAAAGUGGUGCAGGACAUGGUGCUUCGGCUCCGUGGCGUGGAGCGCGGUGAGGUCGAGCUCCAGCUUGAAUGGAUAGACAUUCCCGGUUCCAGGGGCCUGCAGUAGGACUAGCUCUGUCAAAUUUGAUCAUUGCGAGUUCAACUCGACGUACAGAAAAAGCUCUGAUUAUGUUCCUAAUCACUCUUCGAUUUUUUACUUAACUUACUGGGCAUGUAAGAUGAGACUCUUUCAAGUUUCAAUGUAUCAUUUCCAGGUCACUACACCAGUUUGGCAGCGAGUACUGGCUUCUUAGUUUCUGUCCAUGAAUUAACGAAAGCAAUGAUCCUCUCUCUCUCCCUCUCUCUCUCUCUUUGGUAGAGCUUUCUCU